AGAAGUUCAUUUACUGAUCAGAGAGGUCCCUGAGAGGCUGCGCUGCUCCUUCUCCCACAUUCACUGGGGAGACUUGCUUUGCAAGUGCAAUUGCAGGUGGUUUGGGAGCACACACCCCAGACCUGCCGCCCACUGCUUCUGUGCCUCUGCAUCUGCCACCGUGGGCCCCAAGUUCCAGCGACUUCUGUCCCACACUCUCCGCUUUGCUCCCCGUGUGUCCUGAAGAAAGGGGAUGUGCUCUCGAGAUUUUCCACAGCAAGUAAUGACAGCAUUUGAAGACCUGGCUGUGUACUUUACAUGGGAGGAAUGGCAGAAAAUGAACAAUGCUCAGAAGAUCCUGUACAGAGAUGUGAUGCUGGAGACCUACAGCAGCCUGUUCUCCUUGGGGCACUGCAUUACCAAACCUGACUUGAUCUUCAAGUUGGAGCGAGGAGAAGAGCCAUGGAUGGUGGAUGAAUGCUUGAAUCAGAGCCUUUCAGUGGUCAUGAAAAGGGAUGACCUGAUUAGGAUCAACCAGGAAAGUCAGGACAAAAAUCUGAAUCAGGAUUUUAUGAAAAAUAACAAGACAUCAGCUCUCAAGAGAAUUGAAUUAAGAAAAACACUUAGUUUAAAUUCAAGCCAUGUUCCAACACUGAUUAUUAAAAAGGGAAUCUAUUCAGGACUGAAGCCUGAGGAAUGCAAUAAAUGUCACACUGUGUAUCCCCCCAGUGGGCCUGAUCAACUACAGGCUGGAGAGAAAUUUGAUAACACUAAGAUACCUGGAAAAUCUCUCCAGUUCUGUGAGCCUCUUAGUCAGCUUGACAAUCACAUCAUGAA